UAUGGAGUAGGAGAAAACAAAGAAAACAUAGAAAGAUUUUGAUAUGGAGGCAGCAGAAGAGUUGAAAUAGCUUAAACUUCCAGGAGAUUUAGUUGGAAAUGUUGUUGCAACAUUGUUAAAAUCAGUUUAGAAAGUGUAGAAUGAAGAUAUUAAGUUACUUGCUCUAUCAAAAUUUCAUUAAACUCUUAGUAAAUUCACUGUUCAAAAUGUUUAAGGGGUAAAUAUGAGAACAAUUUAUAUAGGAAUUGCUUUAAAAGUUGCCAAAUGAUAAAUUGAUAAUCUUCUUUGAUUAUGUGAAUUAUUCAUUUGAGUGUUUGAGCAAAGGCAUGAAGAUACCUGAAACUAGUAACUCAUAUAAUGCAACUUUCUUAUUAAAUGUUUAUAAUAAAUUGGUAGAAUUAAGAGGAUUACCAAUUAUUAUAGAGUCAAUAAGUUAGAAGAAAACAUUACCAACCCAAAUUAUUACAAUUAAAUGAU